UGCAUUGUUGCGUUAGAUUGUUGCGUUAGCGGCCAUUCAUCAUCCCCACAUGAGCUCAAGCUUCCGUCCUAUCUGGGGUAGACUUUUUUUUUGGCGGUCUUGUUUGUAACAGUUCAAUGUGUGUGAGUUGGAAAGAACAAUGAGAAAGCUCAGCAAUUCUCUAUGUCAAUUAUAUCGAGCAGGUGUUCCGCAUGGCGCUCGGGUGCUAUACCGUUAUUAGUGUCAAUUGGCGCUAAAACACAGCGUCGUUUUGCACCUCUUAUCGUCAUAAAAAAUCAACUUCGAUAUAAGUCCCACUCAAAGAAGGUCAUGGAGAGUAAUACGCACGAAGAAGACGGUGUCCGAAUUGCUUUUGAGGGCUGCGGUCAUGGCACACUCGAUGCCAUCUAUUCCUCUGUGGCCGCUUCUUCUAAGCAUAGAGGAUGGGAUGGCGUAGAUCUUCUCAUCAUUGGAGGUGAUUUCCAGUCUACUCGCAAUGCAGCAGAUCUCUCGGUCAUGGCGGUGCCGCCCAAGUAUCGCCAGCUUGGGGACUUCCCGGCAUACUACAGCGGUGAAAAGAAGGCACCAUACUUGACCAUAUUCAUCGCUGGGAAUCACGAGGCCAGCUCGUACUUGUGGGAACUGUACUAUGGUGGUUGGGUCGCGCCAAAUAUGUAUUAUAUGGGAGCCGCUAACGUGCUGCGCUUUGGCCCCCUACGCAUCGCCGCCAUGAGCGGUAUUUGGAAGGGCUACGAUUACCGCAAGCCGCAUCACGAGCGCUUACCCUUUAACCAGGACGAUAUCAAGAGCUUUUAUCACGUACGUGAGUUCGACGUGCGCAAGCUCUUGUUGCUCCGGGAGCAAGUCGAUGUUGGAUUGAGCCAUGAUUGGCCAAGGGAAAUAGAGAAACAUGGCAAUUCCUCUGCAUUAUGGAAGAUGAAGCCUGAUUUCAAACAGGAGAGCCAAGACGGAACUCUAGGGAAUCCGGCAGCUACAUACGUCAUGGAUAGACUGAGGCCGGCGUACUGGUUCUCUGCACACCUGCACUGCAAAUAUGCUGCUGUCAAAACAUAUGAACCUCCAAACGACGCCGAGGCACCUUCCAAUGAACUGGCAGCAAAGCAGGAAGAAGCUGCACCGGCCGCCUCGGAAGAAGCUACCGCAAACCCUGAUGAGAUCGACUUGGAUAUGGAGGAUGACGAAGACGGCCACCCUCCAACUAAAUCCGCCGAUGUGGCCGACUCUACGCUAACCAUGAUCAGAAACGCGGUAAGCGGAGUACCUGAUGAACUUCGUGCACAGCUCCCGGCAUCGUUUGCCGGACCGGCACCCUCCGAACCCAAGGUCAUUCCCGGGCAGCCUGUCCCACCCACGAUAACAAAUACCACUACUCGCUUCCUCGCCUUAGACAAAUGUCUACCAGGCCGCAAGUUUGUCCAACUUUGCUCCCUGACGCCAGUUGACCCCUCAAACCUAACUACAUAUCCACCAUCGACUAAUCGAAAACAACGCUACCGUCUACAAUACGAUCCAGAGUGGCUUGCUAUAACGCGUGUUUUUGCACCACAUCUAACCAUAGGCGACCCUACCGCUCAAACACCCCCGGACUUGGGUGAAGCGGUAUAUCGACCUAUGAUAGAUCAGGAGCGCAGCUGGGUAGAGGAAAAUAUAGUCCGCACCGGUAAGCUAGACGUACCUAAGAACUUUACUCUCACCGCUCCGCCACACCGGCCAGGAGUCGACCCCCAGACGGUCAACUACCAGCCGGACGAAUACACGAACCCUCAGACCACGGCUUUUUGCGAGUUGGUCGGUGUGCCGAAUCUCUGGGACGCGAGCCCGGAGGAACGGGCAGAGCGAAAGGAGAAAGGGCCGGCGCCUGUAGCACCAAGGGUCAAUCAGGGCGGUGGCGGUGGGGGGUCUAAAGGAGGAAGAGGUGGUGGCCAUAGAGGUGGUUUCAAUAGAGGAGGACGGGGUAGAGGUCGAGGUGGUGGCCGAGGAGGUCCCCGGGGUGGGGGGAAGAAAUGAUGCUAGAUCACGUAAAUAUCUGUCCGCAAAAAUGCCUGGAUCAUUACGGAUGAGGAGAUUUAUAUUAUAUAUAUAUCUUCGUCGCGACUUAGCUUACUCAAAAGGGUCCGAUUUUCAAGGAAGAUGUAUUCGUAGGCCUCAAAUUAUGAAGUGUCCUAGGCGGUAGUAGUAGUAUUAUUAUCUACGCGGGAAAAUAAGUUAAAUAAAUACGCACAAA